AUGCGUGUUUGUCGGUGUUCAUUUCGGAGAUUUUUUUCAUGUUCAAAAUUACAUGAUAUACCCGCCUGUCGUCGAUUAUCUUUAAUUUAUCAAAUAUUUUAUUAUAAUUCUGAUGAUUCAGUUGAUCUUCGUAUUGAUACAAUAUUACAACCAUUAUUUUUCUUAACUGAUCGAUUAGCAAAAUAUUUAGGAAAAUUAUUUAUAUGUUUUUUUCUUAUAAUUAUGUCAGUUGUUAUCUAUAUAUUCUAUACAUCAAUAUUUGUUCAUUUAUUUAAUGAGAUACAUAUGCAACAUAAUUAUUUGACUUUUCUUGGUCAUAUUAUUGUUUCACAUUGGCUUUUAAUAAAUAUUAUGUUUAAUUAUAUACAAUGUACAAGAGUUGACCCAGGUUCAUCACCAAAUUUUGGUCGUAAACAACCUUAUGAUUUUGAUAAAGCAAAUAGAGAUUUAAUGAAAAUUCAUCAGGCUCAUAUUGAUAAAAAUAAUAAUACUAAAUCAAAAGAAGUAACAAUAUUGAAUCUAACAAAUGAUGAUUCUGAUUAUACUCAAUUAUCAGAUAAAACUCCACUUAAUGCUUCCAAUUCAAUAUUAAAUACAAAAAUAAAUUCUCAAAAUAUUUGUCGAAAAUGUAUAUUUCCAAAACCUACACGUGCUCAUCAUUGUUCUAUAUGUGCAAAAUGUAUAUUAAAUCAAGAUCAUCAUUGUCCAUGGAUAAAUAAUUGUGUUGGACAUUUAAAUCAUCGUUAUUUUUUUCAAUUUUGUUUUUUUUUAACAAUUGGUGCAUUUUACGCAGCAACAUUAGGUUUUAGUGAAUUUCAACAUUUUUUAUUUGGUAGAAAAGCUUUUUCUUAUCUCGAUCUAUUAUUUGGUAGAGGUGUAAAUGAAGUGGAAAUCUUACCUACUGUUACAAAUCCAUCAAUGUAUUUUACAUUUUUAUUUUUAUUUAUUGUUGCUGUAACAGCAGGUGUAGUUUUGUUUGGUUUUACUCUUUGGCAUUUUUGGUUAGUAUCAAAUGCUGAAACAACAAUUGAUUUUCAUACAAACUCAACAGAAAGAAAACGUUUAAAACAACUUAAACAAACAUUUAUUAAUCCAUAUGAUUUAGGUUUUACAUUAAAUUGGAAAAUGUUUUUGGGUUUAAAUAAAUGGUAUGAAAUUUUAUAUAAAAAUUUUUUACCAUCAACUCAUAGACCAUUUUGUGAUGGAAUUAAUUGGCCAAUAAGAAAAAUAACAAAACCAUUUGAAGAACAGAAAAAAUUAGUAAUGAUGAACGUUUAA